AUCAACAUAUUGUUUGAACUGUUCGCGCACAGGCCACUGUUGCCGCGCACCGUCCCGCGCACGGAGCCUACCUAUCUAUCUACACGACUCUUCUGAACCCUCGAAUCGAUAGUACGCGCCUAUCUCACAGUUCGUGUCUCGUGCCCGACCAAGUUCUGCUGGCGUUACGUAGUUUAGUAAACAAGGGAACAUGUAUUAAGAUUUAUAAGCAAUGGAAGGUUCGAAGAAAUAUAUAAGGAGCGAUUCAGCUAGCUGCGCUCACAUGGUCGAGGAGACGGCGAUUAGGAAAUCCUCUGAUCCUCAUGAGAAGUUAAAGGCUCUGCUUAAUUCACCAGAAGAUGACACAGAUGACAGCUUACCUCCGUCAGACGCUCCGAAAUUCGGCACUGUCAUUCAUAACAGAAUAUUUGUGGGAGGGUUCUCCUUGACUGCGACAGAUGAGGACUUGUGGAAGUUCUUCUCGGGAUUCGCGACGGUGACUGCCGCUCGAGUGAUCUAUGACAGAGCUGGUGUUUCCAAGUGCUAUGGGUUCGUGACCUUCGCUAGUCCAAGAGUUGCGAGACUUAUUGUCAAACAGAGCGGUGGUGUUAUGUUUUCACCGCUUGGACGCCUACGAGUUGCUCAAGCUGUAAGAAAACAGCUGAGCCAACUACCAGUGAUCAGUUCAGAAGCCAGUCCUCUCCAAGCACCUCUGUGCUACCAGCUCAUCUGUCCCCCGAUGGCACCGCUGACAACUUGCGCGCCGUGCGAGCUGCCACCGCCGUAUGCCAUCUAUCCGAUGCCAUAUGAGACUGCUCCAGCGCUCUAUGCUCCUCCUACCCAGUAUACAUUGGUGCCAGCACCGUACAGUACCGCGUGCUGCGAGCCAACGUGUUGCGCCCCUCUCGACAAACAACCCCGCAUACCCCCGCCUCCAAUGCAUCCAGCCUUCAUCUACUAACAUAUAUUAUUAUCUGUAUCCUCAUCUUAGAUCAUGAAUUAUAUCAUAUAACUUAACAAAUGUAACAGAUAUAGAUCAAAAUGACCUUGCAAUAACUCCAAUGACAUAAAUCGCCAAAAAUAUAUAACGAUCAUCAAGUAGAUGGCCAGUAAAGUAUUCAAAUCAAAUCAAAUCAAAUCAAAACCAGUUUAUUCACGUAGGUCACGGAAAUGACACUUAUGAAUGUCAAAAAAAAAUCUUAUACAAUCUACCGCUACUUCGUAAAGGGUUGAGCUAAUGAGAAGAAUUAGCAAGAAACUCAUUGCCACUCUUUUAUAUCAAGAUUUACAAAUCAUUUCAAUUUAAAUAUAAAAUGUAAAAUGAUGCAACAAACACACUCAAACGUCAAAUAGUCAAUGUCUUACACGAGUAAGUCAAAAAAUUAAAUGUAAUUGUGUAUAUAUCCGCAUCAUUUAGAAAUAUUUCUAUAUAUUCAAGGUAUUCUGAUGAGAUGCGAAGAGACAAAUAAAAUCUAAUAUUAUUCCAUACUUCUCCAAAAAAGUAAAGCCGCUCAGGAAAAAUAUAUAUACUUAAAAUUUUGCGUGAUUGCGUUCGUCAGCUCAAGAGAGAGACAUUUUGGGACUACAACAAUCGGGCAAAAAUCUAAUAGCUAUCUAAUAUUGCUUAACACUUUCUCGAAUGAUUUCGCAAGAGGAUAUGAUGAUAUCAUUACAUACAGCGCAUAUCCUACUGAAUAACAUAUAGUUCUUGCUGUGAUCCUCUGCUAAGAAACCUUCAACUGAUUGAGGAUGGUAAAACUUUAAUAGUAAAACAUUUAAAUAGGAAAGUAGCGAAACGAAAAAUGAAAAUGCAAGUUUUCAAUCCACAUCGAAUACAUUACGGAAAAAGUUAGACUGGUCAUCAGCAUAAUCUAAAACUUGAUAUAUUCGCUAUAGUUUGGUUUAGUAGAUUUUUCAAGCAAAAUGUAUAAAUGUUUCAUCUCUAUUGGCUAUCUGCUCGAUGACAGUGACAAACGUUAUGCUGCAAACCAUAAUAUAAUGUUCAGAUCAUUUUUCUAUUCGAAAAAACACAAAAUGUGGUGUUAUCUGCCUCCUACCUAUAAAUAGUUCUACAGCUACAUUUUGCAAAAUUAUUUUGAAAUAUAUCUGUUACAGACUCUUCACUAUUUAUCCAAAUGAUUAUAAUAAUUUUUAGAGUUUAGAACAUAAUUUACGUUAUACAUUAUUUAAAAUACCUAUAGCUUCUAAUAUAUCAGUAUAAAUUAAGUUAUUCGUAGAUAGUUUAAACGUGUUAAAGGAAUCGUUUUUGGUUUAUGAUCAUUCCUUUUUGCUCAAGUCUUCCAAAUAUUUCAUGCUCAACUGUUGUGUUAUGUGCGAUUGGGUGACGCUGCACCGUCAUUGAAUUUGAAUUUUCUUCUUCUUUCUUGUUCGAUUUUUAUUUAUUGCCUUUGAAAUGUGAUAACUUUAUUAUUUUUAAUUUUCUAAUACUUAUCAAUUUGUUAUUUUUUGAAAGUGACAACCCUCAUAUUCUGGAUUAAUUAUACAAAUUAAAUUUGUAAACAAAAUUUAUGAGCGACGUGGGACUCGAACCCGCUACCUCUUGGGUUUCGUGCGAGCGUUCUUCCACUGAGCCAACCGUACUGAGGUAUCAUUCAUAAAUCUUGAUAUGUUUUGUUCAACUCUCAGGCUUGUGGCUUCAACAAGUUCGUUUGUUGCGUGUUUAAGUUCCGCAUCGUUCAUAAAUUGUGUUCACAAAUUUAAUUUUUGUUUCUAAUACUUGUUAUUAAAGGUUAGAGUUGCGGGCAUUUACAUAGUUAAUGAGAUUUCACCCAAACGCGUAUCAUUUCUCGUUCGUGGCAUCUUAGUACGGUGAGGUCUGAAUAGUGAUUCAACAAGUGUUCAAGUAGUUAUCUCGUGUCUGUUGUAUGUGUUUUUGAGUACUAUAUUAUCUGGUUAUCUAUCUUGUUAUUAGUUAUUUACAAUGAAUAUUAAUUAUUAAUGCGAAAAGAGAACAUUUUUAGGGAAUAUUUAACAUUGUGCUGUUUAUAUUGUACGAAAAUAUCACUGCAAUAUAAUUAUUGUUUUGUAAACUGGUAAUGGAUAUUUUUUGAACUUCUAGCGUAUUGCAGAAAAAAUACAUUUUGGCAUUACUUAUAUCUUAAGUGAUACCAAUUUAACAAAUGAUACAAAAAACUGUUUUCGUAGCACAAAAAUCUCUUUAUGUCAUUGCAAAGUACAAUUGUAGUACCACUAGUCUAAUCGAGAAUAUUUUUUAAUAAUAUUUUUAGUGAAUGAUAAUAAAUAAAAUAUAAUCACGUGCUUUAAUUGGCACAACGAAACCCGCACAAAAUUAUCACAAUAUGCUAGUUGUUAUAACGUAAACACAUUACAUAAGGGAUAUUGUUGAAAUGCUUGUUAUCCUUUUAAAGGAAUUACGUUUAUUAAAAUAAUAGCAAUAAUAUUUGUUGCCCUAAUGUAGUUAACAGUUAACAGAUAACCUAUUUUAAUAGUUUAGUUUUAGAAAAGUAUGACAAUGAAAUAUAUAGCACAGGGGUCCAAGGUGUGUAUAAGACAUGUGAAUUAUGUAAUUUCCAGAUGAUACAACAUCAAACUCUGAGAAAUGUUCUAUGAUAUUAUAAAUUAUUGUUUCACAGGGAUUUAUUUUGAUUAACUAUUAAAAAGUUGGAACUGUUCAUCCCCAGGUGUACUUAAACUUUCUUCUUACAUGCAAAAUAUAUUUUCAAAUUAAUUGAGAAUUAGUGGUGAUGUUGAUUCUGUUGGAGAUAAAAUAAAAGACAUAAAUGUUACGCUAGAUUUAAGUUUGCUUAAAAUAGGAUCAGUAUAGUUCGAAUAGAAAUUGAUUUAAAUUAUUUCUUAAGUAUAGAUUAUUUUAAACGAUACUUAUUAAUGCUGACGUAUAAGCAAUUCAUCGUAAUAAAAACUUAAUUAGAAUAUGUUGACUAUUCUUAAGGUAUGUAGGUAUACUAAAUAAUAUGUGUGUUGCUUUUAUUUAAUUAAGAUUUUGUUAUAUGUAAUACGGAAUUGAUGCUUGAAUAAUAAAAUAUAACAGACUUAAAACUCACCUGUUAUGUUAUGGACAUCUAAAGAUAACAAAAUCACGUUAAGGCUUAGAUUAAGGAUUGGUCUCAACAAUAGCUUUUUUCUUAUGACAACUAUUAGAUGCUUGUGUGCGUGGCAUCCUGACACUCAAUGGCAUCUUUCAAAUUUUUGUAACAUACGCUUUGUAUUAUUUUACGUUGAAAUUAAAAAAAAUACAAAAUACUGAUGAUAUGAGAUCCCAGUGUCUUUCUUAUAGUAUUAUUUCAACAAAGUUUUACUACUCAACCCAGCAUUUUAGUUUCAAUUAUUAGCAAAGUUAAACAGGCACGUCAACGUCACGCAUUGUUCGAGACUGGACUGGACUUGGAGCGUAGUAGAGACCAAUCCUCAAUCUAAGCCUUAAGGUUUAUUUUUUUUAAACUUGUUCGUAAUGACUAGUCAACAAUGAAAUGGAGUGGCAUCAACAAUCCAUGUUCAUUUAUUCUCCUUUCUAAUGCUUUUUUCACUCAUCAAAUCUUCACAUUAGUAUGGGAAGCUUUUAUAAAUGUUAUUAGAAAUAUUAUUCUAAGUGUAAACGCUGUCAAUUUACUAUCUCAGACUACUACUAUUUUUAAAUAUUCUAAAUGUUGCUGUACAUCUAGCUUGAUUCUAUAUUCUCUUAAUUUAAAACACAUACUAAUCACUAAUAAAACUAGAUAAAAUCUAAAAAAAAACACUAUUUGCUUAUAAUAGUUAUUGUAACUAACUUUAAGCCAAUACGUUUCCAAUCUAUUAUCGCUAAAAGGAAUUGCUUUUAUAAAUACACUUAUAUAGUAUAGUAAUAUUCGCCGCCUCGCCCUUCGUAUUUUUAUCGCGAAAUCUAUAAGUUUUUCUUAUUUAAAACACAUUUUCAAUCAUUCACAUAUAACCUUCGUCAUUAAAACUUCGUGGCCUAGAAAUUACUGCCUGACAUAUCGGAAAAUAGAAAUCAUUGUGCGAAAGCAUUUGUGUCUGUACAUAAUAAUCGCUAGAAGUACUACUUAUAAUUUUAACUGAUGUAAUUUAGUGAAUUUUAGACAAUAUUACUGUAAUCGGAUCUAGAUUGUAUUAUUCAUAGUUAAGUUACUUCGUUACUGUUAAGUGCUUAAUUAUAUUAUCUACUGUGGUUGUCGAAACUUUUUAAAAUAUUUCUACAAUAAUAAUUAGAGCCUCUUGUUGUAUGUGUGUUUUAAUAAUCUAUUUCGAUAAUAUUUAUAACGGUGUUGCUUGAUGUUGUAAUUGAAUAGAAUCUAUUAUUAUUCUGACUUUCAUCUCCAAAUAAAGUAUUAUAUCUUAUAGAAAUAGCUUAUCGUUACUAGGUUUACACUAAAUUUUAAACACAAAGGUAAAGUUCUUAUUUAAAACUUUUAAAAUGUUGCAUGGUUUUAUAUUUAACUAUUUGAAGUUAUACUUCUUUAGGCGCCUUAUGAAAAAAUGAUGAGAGUUUUUCUUAAGAUCACUGUAUAGUUAGUUCCUAAAAUUUUCCGACGUUUGCUUCAUUCGUUUUUUUUUUUGGUUUCUUCAUUCAUUAUUAGGACAGGAGGCAAAGGGUUCAAUUCCAUACAGCCGUAUACAUUACUUAAUAAUUAAUUAAUGUCUAGUGUGCUAAACAAAUAACAGAGUACUAAACGGUGGUCUCAUGCCGUAGCCAUAUUGCAAGCAGCAUACAGGAGGUUCAUUGCCAAAGCCAUCUUUGCAAGAUUUUUACAUUGUUCUUUCUAAAUACGUAGAAUAGCACGAGGCAUAAAUCAUUUUAAUGAUUUUUGCUUCGUUAGGCCUUAGAAGUAUAACUUUUUUUACACACACACUUUUUAUUUAUCAUCUUGUCCUGCUGUUCUCGUGUCUAAAUAAGUGUUAGAGAGAAGGGUAGCUGAGUUAUAUGUAUGUAACCGUCCUGUGGCGAACGAAGUGUUGGUGGUCUAUGGUUCUGCUAAAUCUUCAAAUCGUUUUCCGUCGAAUAGAGCAUGUAAUGUACAGGGACGAAGACAAUAUGGUUGAUAAAAUGUUAAAAGUUAAGGAUUACUUUCCUUACAAUAUAGUUUAGAUAAAUUGAAAAUACGUUCAAAUUAAACUUUCAAGAUUCUUUGCCAGAAUUUGUUUUAUAGCUGCCGUCUGUUGUAUAAUUUAUGUGUUUAUUUCAGAGAUGAAUACAAUUUUAAUUUGAGCAAUUUUUUUUUAAUAUAACAACUUAUUUAAUAAAUUACUAUUUGAUUAAAAGUUUCCGGUUUUCUUGGUCGAUAACGAAAACAUAAGGCGUUGUUGUAAAUUGCAUGAAUAAAAAUGAAAAUGAAAUUUAACUUUCAUUUUUAAUAUUUGUUUUACUAUCCACUAACAUAUUAUAUAUUAUAUCUUUGUACAUGUAUAACAUGCUACCCAAGUCGCUCUUGAGAUAAUGGCGGACCUUGUCUUAAAUAGCGUACUUUGAUAUUGACACAAUGAUAUUCACAAGAGACGAACCGAGAUUCCUUAUGAUGACCGAGUAACAUUCCAAUAAAUAAUCAAAUUUUAGUAAACUGAACGUACAGAUAAUAUAUUUAGAUGGCUUUAUAUUUGUUGAAACUUAGUCCCCUUUUUAUAUAACUAUACAUUUUAUACGAAUUUGUAGUAAUUUUCGGUUAUUAGAAUACCUGGUAUUGUUUUGUAUGCGACUUAUUUGAACGUAAACACGUCAUAGUCAUAUUUACCUGUUGACUACUUUUAAGAAGUCUAUUUUUAAUGCUUAAGGUCCUUGCUCACUGGUAUGGCUAACGCGCGUUCUAUAUCGCUGCAAUUUCAAUAUUACAUAAAUAGUAUUUAAUUAAGCACAUCACCAAUUUGUAAUCUAUUGAAGAUAAAAGAAUAUAUCGUAUAAUUUGAUAAUCAAAUAAUAAAAUAGUGUCCCUCACAGAUAUUGUGGAAUAUUUCGUUGCCAUUUUUACCAUAAUAUAGUCAAUAAACUGUGAUGCGACAUGCAGUGCGGUUUUCUAAAAACGCGUAAACCAGUGAGCACGGGACCUUAUUUAGUUUGAAAUCUAUUUUACGAACAUUUAGUCUGAUGUUGUAAGAUAUAUAAAAAAAUUACAAAAAAAAUAUGUGUGAUUCUAUUUAUCAAUGUUUAGAUCAAUAUACGUAAGAAAAUAUAACUAUAGUAUCAAAUAA